AUUAAAGCUCACACCGCCUCUCUCAUUUCCCUCCUUAUACUCCGCUGAUCUUCUCUCUCUCUCUCUCUUUCAUUCUCUCUCUCAGCGCCUGCGGCCAUUUCAAACUCAUUCUACUGUUGUACCUGAGAGAGAGAGAGAGAGAGAUGGGGAAGUACAUGAAAAAAGGUAAAAUCACGGCGGACAUGGCGGUGAUGGACCUUUCACAGUCCCCUCUCGGAGUCCGGACCCGAGCCAAAACCCUAGCCCUCCAACGCCUUCAAUCCGCUCCUUCCCCCGACUCCGAUUACCUCCAGCUUCGCUCUAGGCGCCUACAGAAGCACACGUCUUCUUUCCGUGAAGACUGCAAGAAAUUCGCCCAGAAACGCCACUGCCAGGACGCCCCGGAAGCCGUAGCUUGUCAAAAAUGGAAGCUUGAGUCCAGCUCGAGGCUUAGGGUGAGGUCUGCUAACUCCAGCUCUGCCUCAAUUACCCGUUCCGAUACCAAGGAAGGGUGUCUUCAGGUGCUCGGCCAAGGGUAUGAAGCAGAGGAGAGCUGUGAUUUGGGUGUCGGGGAGAACAAUCUGGAAUUUGAAGCAAGAGAUAGGAGCACUAGAGAAAGCACACCUUGUAGUUUAAUAAGGGAGGAAGACACCAUUAAGGCACCCAGUUCAACUACAAAACGGACUAACCAAACUACAAGAACACGAAGUUCUGUGCUCACAAAUAUGCCUUCAGCUGAAGAGAUUGAUGAGUUUUUUGCUUACGCAGAGCAGCAACAGCAACGCCGUUUUAUAGAGAAGUAUAACUUCGACAUUGUGAACGAUUUGCCUCUGCCAGGACGGUAUGAGUGGGUGAGAGUGAGUCAAUAAGCAGGGCGGUACUACGUUGGUUGGUGGUUUCGUUCUCCCCGGAGCACCUUAGUUGGUGGCAUAGUUAGAAGGCCAGGAAGAUGGUAACUUUGGCUCGUUCCAGUUCACCCAAAUUUACUGUAAAGAGACUAGAGAUGUGUAAUUUAAUCAUCUGUAAAGUUAACAGGGUUGAUAAAUUACACACUAACCAUUUGGAAGCACAGAGUAAUGUAGGAAUUACUGCUGUAACAGAGUUAAUAGCAUUUUCCUUUAAUUCUGCAAUGCUAAUAAUCUUUGUACUUAAUAGCAGUUGUGCAAAUCAGGCAAGUUAUCAGAACUAAAAAGGGCACUUGGUUGUUGGAUUUUAUUAUUAUUAUUAUUAUUA